AUAUAAAAUGGAUCGUAAAUACUAAAUAUUCAACUUGUUUCCACAAGGUUUUGUUCUUUUUGUUUUCUAAACGCAAGGUUAGUUUCCAUAAUAGUAACUAUGGGUAAAAACGAAGAAUUUGUUAUUUCUGGAAUAUCUGGUAGGUUUCCCGAAUGUUAUAAUGUAGAGCAAUUCAAGGACGCUCUACUCAUUGGAAAGGAUUUGAUAACAGACGACGAAAGACGUUACCCUGCAGGUUUAAACAUUGUUCCAAAGAGGUCUGGUAAAAUUCCCGAAGUGGAGAAAUUCGAUGCCUCUUUCUUUGGUGUUAUCCCAAAACAAGCUGAAGUUAUGGACCCCCACCACAGAAUUCUUUUAGAAACAACUUUUGAAGCUAUAGUGGACGCUGGGCUCAAUCCAAAAGAACUUCGAGGAAGUAAGACAGGAGUAUUUGUUGGAAUCAGCAUGUAUAAAGGAAAUGUGACAGCAAAUGAAACCCAUAACGAAUAUUUCUUCAUCAUAACAUCACCAUACCAUGCAGCUAAUAGAAUAUCAUAUUGCUUCGAUUUGAAGGGACCCAGUAUUGCAGUAGAUACUGCUUGUUCUGGAUCAUUAUAUGCGUUUACAUUAGCAUAUGAUAAACUAAGAUUAGGUGAAAUUGACAAUGCAAUCGUAUGUGCCGCUAACAUAAAUUUCAAUCCAGUUGAAUCCUCCAAUUUCAUUCAGUUGAAUGUGCUCAAUCCGGAAGGUAACAGUCAAGUUUUUAAUAGGGAUAGAAAAGGAUUUGUUCGGUCAGAAGUCGUUUCCAGCGUUUUGUUGCAAAAAAAGAGCAACUGUCGAAGGAUGUAUGCGACGGUUGUGGGAGCGAAGACCAACACUGAUGGUUACAAAGUUGAAGGCUUGACUUAUCCAUAUUUUAGAAUGCAAACACAAUUGAUUAAAGAGUUAUAUGCUGAAUGCAAUAUUUCUCCAAACGAUUUUUCGUACUUAGAAAUGCAUGGAACUGGUACAUCUGUUGGAGACUUACAAGAAACUAAAGGAAUUCUGGAAGUUUUUUCGGGUAGAAGAAAUGAACCUUUAUUGGUUGGAUCUGUUAAAUCAAACAUGGGACACUCCGAAAUCGGAUCUGGAAUAGCAAGUUUAACUAAACUUAUAAUAGCCAUGGAAACGGGCACUAUACCAGCUACUAUUAAUGUUGAUCCUAUGGAUCCUCAUUUAGCUAAAAUUACAGAAGGCACUUUAGAAAUAGUAACAGCCAAUAAGAAAUUAAAAGAAGGAGUUCUGGGAGUAAAUUCAUUCGGAAUUGGAGGAGCCAACGCUCAUGUUGUAUUAAAACCAGCGACUGAAAAAAUAGCAAAGCCCCGAAUUCAGAGAGCUAAUCGCUUAGUACAAGUUUCGGGUAGAACAGAAGAAGCUGUCAACACUUUACUUGAUGAAAUUGAGCAAAACGCUGACGAUGAAGAGUUUCUGAGUUUAUUAGAUGAAAUUCAUAAAAGUAAUGUAGAGGGUUAUGAUUAUAGAGGAUACACUAUACUAGGAAACAGUCGAAUUAGAGAAAUAUCAAAAUAUUCAUCGGAGAAACGACCCAUUUGGUUCAUCUUCUCCGGUGCAGGAAGUCAAUGGAUAAAUAUGGGUUUGGAUUUGAUGCAUAUAGAAGUAUUCAAAAAUACCAUCGAUCGUUGUGCUAAAGCUGUUGAGCCAUAUGGAGUAGAUUUGAUGGGAACCUUAAAGGAUGCAUCUGGUGAGGUAUUCAAAAAUUGCACACCGACUUUAACUGCUAUUGCGUCCGUUUCGGUGGCUUUAGUGGAUUUAUUAACCUCUUUGGGUAUUAAAGCUGAUUAUACUGCGGGACACUCUUUAGGUGAAAUAGGAUGUGCCUAUAUUAAUGGCGAUAUAACUCCAGAGCAAGCGGCGUUAAUGGCAUUCGCCAGAGGAUAUGCUUUAGAGAAAACCAUAAGACCAAGCUGCCAAAUGGCAGCUAUUGGACUCUCCAUUGAAGAAUUAACAAAAAUACUACCAAAAGAUAUGUACAUAGCUUGUAUCAAUGGCAAAACGAGCAUUACGAUUUCCGGUCUGGAACAGCCAGUAAAAGAAUUUGUCCAAAAACUAAGCGGACAAGGAAUUUUUGCGCGACUAGUGGACACAUCGAACAUAGCAUUUCAUUCACCAUAUUUAAUGGGUGCCGAAAGUCACUUGAACGAGUUCCUACAUAAUGUAUUAGUAAACCCACAACCUAGAUCCAGUAAGUGGAUAUCAACUUGCGUGCCCCCUGAGAGACGAAACGAAGAGUGGGCGCAACUAAAUUGUGCUCAAUAUCAAGCAUUCAACUAUAGAAAUCCAGUACGAUUCGAUUAUGUAUAUCCACAAAUACAAAAAAAUGCGAUAGUAAUUGAAAUAUCCCCACAUGCAUUACUGCAACCUAUUUUGAAACGGGAGAUGGAACCUGAAAACACCUUGAUUGGCUUGAUGAAUAAGAAUACCACGAACCAUGAGGGGCAUCUACUUCAAGCAAUUGGAAAGAUAUUCAAUGCUGGUGGUCAACCAAACUUGAGAAACCUUUAUAACGAGGUUAAAUUUCCUGUAAGCAGAGGAACAAAAAUGUUAUCACCAUUAAUAAAAUGGGAUCAUAGCGCUUCAUGGUUUGUACCUUUAUGGAAAAAUCAAGACUAUUUCGGAAAAAUUGCUACUGUCAAUUUAAAUAAUGAACAGUAUUCGUAUAUGUCAGGGCAUAACAUCGAUGGGAGAAUAUUAAUACCUGCUACAGGUUACGUGGAACUUGUUUGGAAUAUUCUCACAGAAAAACAUUUGAAGCGUAAAACUGAUACACCCGUUGUUUUUGAAAAUAUUAAAUUCUUGAGAGCUGUUCCAUUAACCGAUAACCAACAGGUAGAUUUGAUUGUGAAUAUCAUGAAAAAAUCAGGGAAUUUCGAAAUUUUUGAAGGUGGAUCUGUAGUAGUAACAGGUAAAGUUCGGAUACCUGAUAACAUAUCGACGGAGUUCUCCAGUUCAAUGGAAAUCAUUGAUAUGGCUGAAAAUUCAACAUCCGAUUUAUUUAUGAAUCAAGAUGAUUUCUAUAAAGAACUAAUAUUACGAAGAUAUCAUUACAGUGGUUCAUUUGUUGGUGUAUCACGAUGUAACUUUGAUGGGACGGUCGCAAAAAUAACUUGGAAAAACAAUUUUGCUUGUAUUAUAGAUAUGAUGCUGCAAUUAUUAAUAUUGGAAAAUAUGGACAGAGGUAUAUUAUUGAUUCCAACCAGCAUAAAAAAGUUGGUUAUCGAUCCACGUAGUCUCUUACAAAAUAACGAACAGAAGUAUAUAAAUGUCGUUCGAGAUCAACAAUGCAACAUUAUCAGAUCAGAAGGAAUUGAAAUUUUCUGUCCUAUAUUGUCCUCUGCAUCGCGACGAAAAAAUAUACAGUCAAGAGCAGUGAUAGAUAGUUAUGAAUUUGUUUGUUAUAAUUCACCCAAAAACAAUAAAUAUAAUCAAAAAACAUCACUAAUAAUAGCAACUGAUAUCGUAUUACAAAACAAAAAUGGUUUGUUCCAAACAAUUAACAUUGCUGAAGUGGAAAUAGCAGAUAAAAAUGAUGCAGAAUUAAUCAGGUUAAUAAUACAAGAACGUUGCGAGAGAAAAUAUUCAACCAUCUUGAAAUAUUCUAUUAGUAAACUAGAAAAUAUAAGUGGAGACAUAGACAUUCUAAUUGUUGAUGGAACAACACCAAAACGUUGGAAAGAUAUUGUUGCAAAUAAUAAUGAGGUAUUUAUUCUAUUUAUUGGAAACUUUAGCGAAACAACAGACAACUUGGAAGUGAUUUUCAAAUCACCACAUUUAUGUUUAUUGAAAAUUAAAAAUGAACCUAUACAGUUCGAUUACAAAAUUCAAAUUAAAAACCAUGAAUUGAGCUGGAUAGACCAUCUGCGAGAAAUCGCGAUACGCAAUGAAUAUAAGAAUGUAUUAAUGUACAGUGAAAAUGAAGAACACAGUGGCAUUCUUGGCUUGAUAACUUGUUUACAAACAGAGGACAAUAAAUUCAAGUUAUUUAAUAUUUUGUUUGACGAUAAUUGGGGAACAUAUGUGACUUUACCAUUAGAUGAUAUAAGACCCAAAAAUGUUCAAAAUUCGAAGUUAUCAAUAAGAAACACGGGCGACCUUUCUUCAUUACUUUGGAUGGAAGUACCAACCUUGAAUUAUGAAAAUGAAGAAGUCGUAGACACCCAUUAUGUCGCCCUCAAUUUUAAAGAUGUUCUUCUGGCAACAGGUAAAAUUCCAUCUUCUGAUAAUUCAUUGUGUAUAGAAUAUUCCGGUAAAACACAAAAUGGAAAGAGAGUCAUGGGUUUAAUCCAAAAUGGUUAUUGUACAAAACAACUGAAAGCUCUUCCUUAUUUUACUUGGGAGGUUCCAGACUCUUGGACUUUAGAUCAAGCAGCUACAGUUCCAGUGGUUUAUGCGACGAAUUAUUACGGUAUGAUAGUGAGAGGCCAGUUAGAAGAAAAUGAGUCGAUAUUAAUUCACUCCGGGUCUGGAGCAAUUGGUAUAUCAGCUGUUCGAAUAGCACUGAGCCUUAAAGCAAUAAUAUUCAUUACUGUAAGCACACAACAGAAGAAACAGUUCUUAUUGGAUAUGUUUCCACAGUUAGAUGCCGAAAAUAUUGGUAAUUCUAGGGAUCUUUCCUUUUACACCCUAGUCAAGAGAAAAACUAACGGCAAAGGUGUUGAUAUGAUAGUGAAUUCAUUGGCAGGUGAAUUUUUCCAUACGUCAAUUAACUGUUUAGCAGAGUGUGGAAGAUUUAUAGAAAUAGGGAAAAUAGAUCUAAUGGCUAAUACACAUAUAGAUACUGGUAUUUUCCUCAAAAAUUGCAGCUUUCAUGGCAUAUUUUUGGAUGAACUUCACGAUAAACCGAAGAAAAGAAUGCCAGUUCACAAGCUAGUGUCAGAUGGUAUUGCUUCGGGAGUAGUGCAGCCAAUUCCAGCGACUAUAUUCCAAGCAGACGAACUGGAGUCAGCAUUUCGACACCUUUCCUCUGGAAAACAUAUUGGAAAAGUGGUAAUUGAAAUUAAAAAGGAACAUCUUGAAGCAAGUUCGUCCAUACUGUCAGUACCAAAGAUAUAUUUCGAUCCUGAAAAGGUCUACAUUAUCAUUGGAGGAUUGGGAGGAAUGGGGCUAGAAUUAGCUCAUUGGAUUUUCUCCAGAGGAGCCAGAAAAGUUAUUUUGAAUGCAAGAAGACCACCUUGGAGAGAUUAUCAGUUUUAUAGUUUGAAUAUUUGGACCAAACUGAAAUAUUUGGUAGUCGUGGAUUUAAACAAUACAAUUACGUUGACUGGUUCCGAAAACUUAUUGAAAGAGGCACAAAAAUUGGGACCGAUUGGGGGUUACUUCAACUGUGCAUUAGUUCUCAAGAAUGCUCCAAUCACAUCUCAAUCACAAGAAUUGUUCAAAGAAGUGUUGCAACCGAAGUUGAACGCAUGUGAAAAUAUGGAUGCAUUAACUAGAAAGUAUUGUCUCAAAUUAGACCAUUUUGUGGUAUUCUCCUCAAUUAUUGCAAAUAUGGGGGUUGUUGGUCAAAGUAAUUACGGUAUGGCGAAUUCAGCUCUGGAAAGACUUUGCGAAAAAAGGAGAAGAGACAAUUUACCUGGCUUAGCAAUUCAAUGGGGACCUAUAGCAGACGUAGGGGUUCUCACCAGUGAUCAAUACCAAAACCGAACUUAUAAACACAUCGAACAUCAAAAAAUUGAAUCGUGUUGGCAAGUUCUCGAGAGGUGUAUGAUACAGGAUAUUGCAGUUGGUUUCAGCAUGGUAAUUUCAAGAAAUGUUGAACAUAAGAAAUAUGAACAAAAUUCUGUUGAUUUGAUAGCACAAGCUAUUGGACUCAAUGAUAUCGCUACUAUUGACAUGAAUAAGACAUUACACAAUAUUGGAGUGGACUCGCUCAUGCUGGCAGAAAUAAAACAACUCAUAUAUCAAGAAUAUCAGCAAGAAAUGGAUUUGGACGAAAUUAGGAACUUGACUUUUAGAAGAUUAGAUGAAAUGAGCAAAGUGAAAAAAUAA